CCGGGACGGCGGCCCGGGGGGAGCGAUGGUCUUCUUGCGGUCGAUGGGCCGCGAGAAGAGGCUAGCCAGGGUGGUCAUCAAGGGAGAUCCGGCUGCUGAGGUGCUGGAGUGGGGGGCCCAGAGGGAUGACCUACCAGAGAUAGAGAAACUGGAAGUGACCGCAGGCGGUGAGUGAACAUGGCAAAAGACUCACCCAUCCACAUAGCCCAGGAAAAACAUCUCGAUUGAUCUGUCCUGCCCCGCAGGCUUCCGUCGUCCUCUCGGAGCUUCUGCCAUCCGCGCCGUGGAGUCGCUGCUGCAGCUGCGGGGUUUGCGAGAGGCGGUGAUCGUUCUCCAGUGCACCACUUCUCAGUGUGUGAGGAGUUCUCACAUCCAAGAGGCCAUCAGGCCGGUGCUUGAUGGCCGCUUCCCCGGCGGCAGCGGUGUGGCCAACGGGUUCAGCGUCACAUGGAAGCGAACCCGCUACGAUAUCGAGGUCGUCGCCCGACGCAUCGACACGUAGAGCACACACAAGGUCAGCCUAUUGAUGCCGCAGCAGGCAGUAUGGUGGCAUCAUUGCGUCUCGUGUGUGCGUGUGUGUGUGUGGAUCAGGUGUCAGACAGACGGCUGAUUGGUUUCGGGAGAGGGAUGGAGAGGGGGCGGGGCUAUCUCUCGUACCUGCCUGUGUGAGUGCUCCUCGAAGCUGGCUGGAUAGCUGGCUGACUGACUGUGUGUAUCCAUGUCUGCCUCUGUGUUGUGUACAGACAUACGUACGUACGUCUCACUGACUGAUUCUGUAUUCCAACCAUCCAUGUCUGUCUCACACUCGUCUGUUUUCGUGUGUGCACCAUCACUACAUACAUACACAGCAUACACAGCACGCACACCCAUCUGCAGUGCACAUCUCUCUCCUCUCAUCUCUCUCCUCUCUGCAGGCACACCUCUCACUCUAUACUGCCUUGUACACACUCGUCCAGUCAGGCACACCUCUCUCAGCGACUGACCAGCGGCCACAGAAGAAACGCACUGCUCAUUGAUGAAAACUGCAGGGAGGCAUGGAUGCAGACAGACAGACAGACGGAUGGACGGACGGAUGGACGGACGGACGGACGGAUGGACGGAUGGACGGACGGACGGACGGACGGACGGAUGGAUGGAUGGAUGGAUGGAUGAAUGGACUUGUGUGGUCCAUAUAUGAGACCGCAGUUUCCCUGCACGAACAGAUGAGCAGUGGCAUACGAUGCGCACUGCGAUGAGGAUCGG